AUGAAGCUCGCUUUAUUUUAUUUGUUUUCUGUGGCCGCCGUCACGAUGGCCGUGUUAGUACCGAGAUUUCUCAAAAAGGGAAAUGAUGCGUUUACAACGAGAAUGUUUUAUGAAAUAGUGAAGGAGAAUCCACAACAGAGUGUAGUGCUGUCAGCAUACUCUGUACUGAUCCCAUUGGCCCAGCUCGCCUUAGCCUCUACCUAUACAACGCAUGAUGAACUCUUGAAGGCAAUUGGCAUGCCCAACGACGAUGUGAUAAAAGAUGAGUUUAAACAGGCCAAAAGAAACUUCAAUCCCAUGGUAGGAGUGGCAUUUCACACAGCGAGUAAAAUAUACAUCACGUACAAAUAUCAAAUAAAUGAAAGCUUUUCAUUGACCGCCCGUGACGUGUUCAAUUUCGAUGUCGAAAACGUAGACUUUUCUCAAGGACAGAAAACCGCUAGCGAAAUCAACGCUUGGGUUGAACACGAAACGAAUAAAAAAAUUAAAGAUCUCGUUGACCCGGAUUCCUUCGAUGCCUCGAAUACUCGUGCUGUUCUCGUCAACUCUGCCUACUUUUCGGGUCCCUGGGUGUUUCCGUUCAACCGUAACGACACAUACGACGAGGUAUUCCAUAUUACAAAAGAGAAAUCAGUAAGAAUUCCGAUGAUGCACCAAACAUCCUAUUUCCUUUACGCGGAGGUUCCAGAAUUAGACGCUAAGAUCCUCCAAUUGUUAUAUAAAGGUGAAGAUUCAUCCAUGAUACUGGUGCUCCCCAAUGAAAUCGAUGGAAUAACCCAGCUAGAGGAGAAAUUACGAGACCGAUUAGUACUCGACAGAGCCAUUUGUACCAUGUACUUAACUAAAGUCGAAGUCACUAUUCCUAAGUUCAAAAUUGAAACUACAACAGACCUGAAACAUGUUUUAUCAAAGAUGAACGUUACGAAACUAUUUGACAAAGAAGAAGCCAGUAUAUGUCAAUUGACAAGGGAAUACGGUGACUUAUUUAUAAAUGUAGCCAUACAGAAGACUUUCAUUGAAAUCUUUGAGGAAGGCUCAAAUGGUGUAGCAGACAACGAUUUCGAUACUAAACUCCCAGCAUACGGUUCCUCCUUAUCGUCUAAUAUAUUCUUUGCUGAUAGACCAUUUUACUUUGAAAUAAGGCUUAGCGAUUUAACCAUUUUUAACGGCGUUAAAGCUGAAUAA